AUGAAAAGCAAAUCCCCCCUUAAUUAUUAUUACCAACAAGAAUUAAAACGGCAAAAAAAUACUCUCAACCUAAUCGCCAGUGAAAAUUAUCCGUCUCCAGAAGUUUUGUUUUAUAGCGGCUCCUUAUUAAUGACUAAAUAUGCGGAAGGUUAUCCUAAAAAUCGUUAUUAUCAAGGCUGUAAAUAUAUUGAUCGAAUAGAAAAUUUGGCAGUUGAUUUAACAAAAAAAUUAUUUGGAGCCGAACAUGCUAAUGUUCAGCCCCAUUCGGGGACCCAAGCUAAUCAAGCAGUUUAUUUAGCACUAUUAAAACCCGGAGACAAGAUUUUAAGUUUGAAUCUUUUAUCUGGCGGACAUUUGACGCAUGGAGCAUCAGUUAAUUUUUCUGGAAUUUUCUAUCAAGUCCACUAUUAUAAUUUAGACCCUAGCACCCAAAAGUUAGAUUACGAGGCUAUUAGAAAAAUAGCCCAGGAAGCACGUCCGCAAUUGAUAAUUGCUGGCUAUAGUAGUUAUAGUUUACAAAUAGAUUUUGCUAAAUUUCGGCAAAUUGCUGACGAAGUGGGGGCUUAUUUGUUGGCCGAUAUCGCCCAUGUAGCCGGAUUAGUGGCUGCAGGUUUAUUUCCCAGUCCGGUCCCUUAUGCAGAUAUAAUUACUUCGACCACUCAUAAGACCUUGCGGGGGCCGCGCGGAGCCGUAAUUUUAGCCAAAAAAACAUUGGGAACAAAAAUAGAUAAAGCUGUUUUUCCCGGCAACCAGGGUGGUCCAAAUUUGGCGAUCAUUGCUGCCAAAGCCCAAUGUUUUUUUGAGGCUUUACAACCAGAAUUUAAAGAGUAUCAAAAAAAAGUAUUAGAAAAUGCCAAAACUAUGGCCGAUUUUUUUCACCAAAAGGGAGUAAAGGUGAUUAGCGGCGGUACUGAGACUCAUUUGCUAGUUAUUGACACUAAAAAAAGUUAUAAUUUAACUGGUCGGGAAGCCGCUUCCAUACUAGAAAAAGCGGGUCUUGUCGCCAAUAAACAAAUGAUACCUUACGAUAGUGAAAAGCCCUGA